AUGAUUGUGUCGGGAAUAACAUCGGAAGAAUUGACAGCUGAAGAUUUACUCAGUAAAAGUAUUGCAGUUGCAAAAGCUUUAAUAGCUUCUGGAAUCAAGCCCGGUGAUGUUGUAGCACUUGUGUCUGAAAAUCGAAUUGAAUUUCCGUACAUUUUAUGUGGAAUUCUUCUUUUAAAUUGUACGUGUGCUCCUAUCAAUCUAACAUACUCCGAAAGGGAAAUGGCUCAUGCGUUUAAUCUUUCAAAGCCGAAAAUAAUCUUCACAAGCCCGUUCGCUAGCAAAUCAGUUGUAAAUGUUGCGGCAUCUUUAAACUAUGUGAGAAAACUCGUUUUAAUUGAUGACGAAAAUCCGUUUGGAGGUAAAGUCAUGCUUUUAAAUGACUUUGUAAAUUCCAACGAGAGUAAAGCAGCUUCAUUCGUACCUCAAGCUACAAACAAGCGGAAAACUGUUUCAGUUAUUUUGUGUAGUUCUGGAACAACAGGCUUACCAAAAGGUGUUCAGUUAUCGCAAGAUAAUCUUAUCGUAGUGGCGCGGUUCUCAAAGAACACGGUUUUAAAGUUGAGUACCUUAGGUGACGAUGAACCUGUUAUUUUAGGAUUGUUACCAUGGUUCCAUGCAUUUGGAUUAACUUCACUUAUGGGCGUUAUUGCUUCAGUCACUGGAAAAAUUGUUCUUCUUCCUAAAUUCGAAGAGAGUUGGUUCCUUGGAUGUAUUGAAAAUUAUCGUUGCAAUGUCGUGUUUAUGGUGCCACCACUUAUGGUUUUCCUAGCGAAGAAUCCCGUGGUUGAUGACUACGAUAUAAGCAGUUUAAGAAUCAUGGUAUGUGGUGCAGCUCCACUAUCCAAAGAACUUGAAAAAGCAGUUUAUGAUCGGUUGAAAAAUCCAAAAUUGAGAAUUCAUCAAGGAUAUGGAAUGAGUGAACUUUCUUUGGCGACACAUCUUCAGACGAGUUUAUUUAAACCAGGCAGUAUUGGUGAAGUAGUUGAAGGCUCUAUUGCUAAAGUGAUUGAUGAGAAUGGAAAUUCUGUUGGGCCAAAUCAACGUGGCGAAUUAUGCAUGAAAGGGAAUCAAUUGAUGAUUGGAUAUAUUGGAGAUGAUGAAGCUACGAAAGGCACAAUUGAUAAGGAUGGUUGGCUUCAUACAGGUGAUGCGGCAUAUUACGAUGAUGAUAAACAAUUUUACAUUGUUGAUCGUAUAAAGGAGUUGAUUAAAUGGAAAGGAUAUCAAGUUCCACCAGCAGAAAUUGCAGGAUUGCUUUUAACCCAUCCAAAAGUCAAAGACGCUGCUGUCAUUGGAAUACCAGAUGAAGCUGUUGGAGAAUUGCCUUUCGCUUUUGUUGUGAGGGCUGAUGAAAGUCUUACUGAAAAAGAAGUCAUACAUUAUGUUGCAGAAAGAGCUUCUCCACCGAAACGACUUCAUGGUGGAGUGAAUUGGGUUAUAGACAACACGAAUAUGAGCACACAACAGGAAAAUGACUUUAUUAGGAUUAAUGAAGAACGAGAUUUACAUGAAUUGUUUCGUUUAUGGGAGCAGCGCUACACAACAUCAAAUUAUGAUCCUGAACCAAUUGUUAAAAGGCUUGCUGAGAUUUUAGAAGAAGAAGCCGAGACAUACAUGCGAAAAGAUCCAGACCCAUUUGAUGAGCGACAUCCUUCACGAACAGAUCCAGAAUCAAAUUUGGGUAAAAAUUUAAAGCUCAUAUUUAAGAAGGAACAAUUUAUGAACAGGUUGGUCAAUGACUAUCUUCGUGAUACAUUUUUCACUCGUCAAAAUAUUCAAAAGAGUUCACUUGCUCUCAACAUUGCUGCUUGUCGAUUGAUCUUGAUCAUCAUGCCCGGCCUUGAGACAUCUGCUGUGUUUCAAGUAUCAAAUGAUCAACUUAUAAAUCGACUUUAUUCGUGGGCUGACACUGCAGAUGAGCCAUUGAAAAGCUAUGCAACUGGACUACUUGGUGCUGCCAUGGACAUUCAAGAGAUUGCAGUUGCAUUCCGUGAACAGAAUAUUCGAAUGUUGCCUCGUUUUCUUCAACGUUUAAGAACAUUACAAACAAAAUUCAAAAGAUUCGGAAAUUUGUCAACAAUCACAAAUGGAGUAACAAGUGAACAACAGCUGUCAUCUGACGAUCGUCCCUUUUCACAUCUUGGAGGAAGUUCUUCGACUAACUUUUUAGAAAAUGGAGCAGUUCAUCAUCAAGUUGUUAAUAAUGAAGUAGAAGAUGUGCGUUUGAUGUCAAAUGAAAAUAGUCAAAGCACACAAGAUCGCACUCAACAAAAAUUUGUAAUUCCUCUUUACCCUCCGACACUUGCGACAAGUCAAAUGAUGAUUCUUCGUUAUCUUACGCCGAUGGGAGAAUAUCAAGAGUUCCUUCCAUACAUUUUUGAAGAAAAUGCUAUCGAUAUAAUCUUUAGCUUUCUUGAGAAUGUAGAUCCGCAUGAUUUAUGUCUUGCAUUUGAAGCGCUUAAAUAUUUGGCAUCCCUUUUGUGUCAUAAAAAAUGUUGUAUAGAAUUCUUGUCAAGAAAUGGUCUUCAAAAGUUGCUGAGACUUCCUAGAAAAUCGACAGUCGCUACGGGAAUAUCGAUUGCAUUCUACUAUAUCGCUUAUUGUGAAGAAGCUAUGGAAAGAAUAUGUGCAAUGUCUCCGAGACUCAUUUCUGAGCUUGUUAAUUACGCUUUAGGACUUUUGGGAUGCAAUCAUGAUUCAGGACGAUGCCAUGCAACGAUGUUCUUUGGGUUAUCAUUUCAAUUCAAAGUAAUGCUUGAUGAAUUCGAUAAACAAGAUGGACUUCGUCAACUUUACAAUGUUAUAUCAAUUCUUCCAAUUCUCUCACAUCCAGCUGAUGAAAAUGCUGAAUUAUCGCAAGAUCAAGAGACUGCAGAACGUCAAGUCGUUCGUCAUGUUUGUGUUGCCCUCAAGAAAUAUUUUGAGUCACAUCUUUUCUAUAAAUACUCACAAGUCAUGCGACAUCCAACGACAAGAACAACUUUUCCAAUACGAGCUUUAAAGAAUCCUCCUGAAAUUAUAAACGAUCAGAUUUUAACACUUCAAGGCAUGCUGCCAAUGAGAUCGAAUUGGCAACCAGUCACAGAGUUCCUUCAACUUGGUGGAAUAACUUUGUUCAUAUUAAUCAUUGCCCAUAGCUAUGAAUGGAAUUACAGUGGACGUGGCGAGACUGUCAGAUCAGUUCUUGAUGUUCUCAAUAUUUGUUGUGUUGUGCCAAGAGUUCACGCCGUGUUUUGUGAGAGAAUUGACUUCCCUGAAGAGGCCAGUGCUGCUGGUAUUAACAUAAUCUUAGGAGCUGCUGAAGGAGAAAUUGUAGCUGAUCCCGAAGUUCAAAAAUCUGCUUUAAGUCUACUCGUUAACUGUAUCUGUGCACCGAUUCAUCGUCCAAGUGGUCAGCUUGCAAGAUUUGGAAGUACAAAAAAGAAAUUGAUUGAUAAGAACAGUGAAGAGUUAAUUAAGAUGUUGUGGGAGACUGUUCGAGCCAACAAUGGGAUUAUUGUGUUACUUCAAUUGAUGAUGGUGAAGACACCGAUAACUGAUGCUGAUUGUAUUCGAGGAAUGGCAUGUCGAGCACUUGCUGGUCUCGCAAGAUCCGAAACAGUUCGUCAAAUUAUCAGUAAACUUCCACUUUUUGUUAAUGGCCAACUUCAAACACUUAUGAGAGAUCCAAUUUUACAAGAGAAGCGUGCCGAGCACGUUCAAUUUCAAAAAUAUGCUCUUGAGCUUCUUGAGCGUGUAAGUGGAAAGCCGAUCAACAUUGACACAUCGCUAGCAAAUAUCCACAAAUCAAAUGUCGUUGCUCAAACAAAAAUUCAAUUCAAUGAACAACAAUUACAUCAACUGAUUUACCAGCAUUUACUUGACAGUGGACUGUCAUCAACAGCUGAUACACUUUUGAAAGAAGCUAAACUUGAUCAGACACAACAACGUCUCCCGAAUACAACACAAAAUAAUUCUUCGUUUAUUUAUCGAACGCCGAUGAUUCAACGUACAAGAAUACGUCAAAAAGUUCCUGACUCGACUGAAGUUUCUGCUGGUAAUGUUAACACAUCCGAAAAGACAUUUUAUGAGAGAGACGAGAUGAAAUCAUCUCAAGAACAAAUAGAAUUGGCUGCUUCAGUCAACACACCAAUUAAACUAAUAAAGAAAGCACCGCCGCCAAUUCAAAUUCCUUUAACACCAUCAACAUCAACAGCACCAACACUCGAGAAACAAAUGACAUCGGAAAUCUUUUUAACUGCAACAACGCCAGCAGCAACACUUCAAAAAAAUUCGAUAAUUCCGAAAGCAAAUGUCACUCUCAAUACAAUAAUUACCGAAUAUUUAACAAAUCAACAUUCAUUGUGUAAAAAUCCAAUGUCGACAUGUCCACAAUUUGAUUUGUUUCAACCACAUAAAUGUCCUGAUCCGCGACCAAAUAGAAAUGUCACAGGGAUGGGAGUAAAUUUUGCUACAAGAUUCUUUAAACGUCAUCAAGGAUUUAAUUCUGUGAAACUUGAUCGUCGCUUCGUCCAUUCAAACUUUCAUGUUGCAAGAAUUCUAAAAAUUCCCGAUCUCGAUUUAUGCUUCACAACAUGCGAUUUUACAUCUGAUGCUAGUAGUUUAAUGAUUGGGACACAUAGUGGUGAAGUUAGAGUGUUCCAUAUUAAUGAUUCAACAGAAGAUUUCAAUGCCUCGUGCUCUGAUUCAUAUAUAAACAACAUUAAAUGUUCACAAAACGGUCGCAUGGUGUUGACAAGUAGCACAUGGCACACACCAUUGUCAGUUUUGUGGAGUGUUGAGAACAAGCAAUUUAUUUCAAAGACAAAUUUCGAUGAUGAAGAAUAUGUUGAGUUUAGUAAAUUGAUACAAGACAAAGUGUUGGGAACGAAAGGUGAGAAGGCAACAAUUUAUGACAUCAACACUGGUCAAGUGAUAAGAACGUUGACACCAACAAUAUUUAAUCAAUACAACAAGAAUCGUGCAACAUUCUGUCCAACUGAUGAAUUAAUUCUUUCCGAUGGUGUUUUAUGGGACUUCCGAUCAAGUCAACAGAUUCAUAAGUUUGAUAAAUUGAACAAUACAUUGUCGGGAGUGUUUCAUCCAAAUGGACUUGAAGUUGUUUCAAACACCGAAGUGUGGGAUCUUCGAACUUUUCAUCUACUACGAACAAUUCCUGCUUUAGAUCAGUGCCAAGUUAGAUUCUCACCACAAAAUGUUUUAUAUGCAUUCAGCAUUCAAUCAGAAACUCUCGACGACGAACAUGUCUAUGAAUCGUCAUUUAAAGUUCUCGAUAGCUACGAUUACUCCAGCAUAUCAACGACAGAUGUUAGAAAAUCAAUUUACGACUUGGCUGUUAACAGUAAUGGAUGUCAAAUCGCUCUAUGUGAGAAUCAAGGUGGAUAUGAGUCGGUGUCUGAGUCAGUCGUUCGUGUAUAUACAGUUGGAAGGAAACGUGAUCCUGAAGACGAUCCUGAUGAAGAUGAUGAAGAAAUGGGAUCAGAUGAAGAUGAUGGAGAGUUAGAUUCAAUAUCAGACAACGAUGAUAAUGAUUUUGAUCGCGAAAUUAUGCAACGACGAAGACGUCGAAGAAUAAAUGUUAAUCCAGUUAAUCUCGACAAUAUGUUCGAUGUUGUUUCACUGUCAACUGAAGACGAUGACAGUGCUUCGAAUUCUGAUGUUGAUCUAGAGUCGCUUGAUUCGGAUAAUGAAAGUGAAAACAAUUCAAGCUACAAUUCCGAUGCUGAUAGUGAUGGAUCUGCAAAUGAUAAUGAUAAUGAGAACGCUAAUGAAAUCGAAAAUGAAAAUGAGAAUGACAUGCAACAAGAAGAUGCUGGCUGGGAAACAACAUCAGAACCAGAGGAUUAACAUUUUCAAUAAAUAAUUAAAAUAAAACUUUUCACGCCAAAGUCUAAAAAUCGCGAGUGCUGAAAGAAUAAACAGUUCAAGAAAAUUAAAUUUAAGAUUUUGUUUUUAUUUUUAAUACGUUCUCUGAGUAAAUAUAACAAAAAUGCGUCAUUGUUUGCUU